AUGGACACAAGAAUCGUCGCUGGUCCUAAUUACUCGCCAAACUCACAUAAAUUUCUAGAGCUACCACCAGAAAUUUUUGAGCUUUAUGAAAAUCCAAACGAGAAUGAAAACGCCUAUCCUUACAUAAAGGGUUCACCCAAAGACUACGCAUAUCUUUGCACAAGAAAUAAAACAUAUCGAGUUCGAAAACGACUUCAUUCCAACUCUUUAUUACUAUUGAACUCUACUAUUAGCUUAGAACAAGUGCACGAACUCGAAAUAAAAGAUAUUCUGCAUUCAGUGUACGAGUUAAUUCUAUGUAUACCGAAUCUUGAAAAAUUGAACGAUUUGCUUGGAACAACUCCAUAUAAAGGUCCUGAAGAGGAAAAGAGGUAUAAGGGAGAAAAAUUCUAUUCUUGGGAAGAACUUGAUGAUUUGCUACAAGCUAGCGAAGGAGAAAUAAUAUGUGCACUGCAAAAACAUUACGCUUUAGAAAUUGAUGGCUACUGGAGAUUUGUGGAAACCCAAUAUCUUUACGACGUAUUAGAUCUUAUUCUCUCAGCCGCGAAUAUCGAGAACAUGUCACUGGAAAACAUGCAUUUUUCAAAAUGUGCCGAAGCACUUGCUGACGAUGGUAUUCCUUUUUUUAUCACUAAGCAUUGUUUGACUUGCUUUGCGGACGUAAUUGACUAUAGCGAUCGUUUUGAUCCAGUUGCAAAAUUAUCAAAGGAGAAAAUAUGCAGUUUUAUUGGAUUGCACUUGUUGAGAACAGAAGGAAAACCAUGGAUAUAUUCCGAUUUUGUAGCUAAUUGGGUAAUAAAGAUACCUGAUCAGUGGGAAUCGGUUUUAUCAUUUGACCUCCUAAAGGGAAACGCGAUCAAAGAAUACAAUCACCAAAAGGAAUGCGAAUAUAUAGAAUUAUUUGCUGCUUCUGAGUUACCGACCGAUCCUGAAAAACGUUUCCGGGAACUCUUUACAUUUCGAUCUCGAUGGACAUUAGACGAUAUCAAGCCGUUUCUUGACGAUAUUGUCAAUGAUUCUUUUCAGAAGUUUGAAGAUCUUUUGCCGAAAUAUACCAAACAACUAAAAGACGAAAGUGGGCAAACCAUAUAUCAGUUGAAAAUCACAUAUUUAUAG